UCGAAUUCCAACCGUCCUUAUUCAAGAAAUCGAUUUGCGUGCUUUCUCAUCCCCAAAUUAUUCGUAUUCGGUCCCCUCUUUCUUCUGCCUCUCCUUCGUUUUCCUUUCUACCGUGCUCUCCUAUCAACCAAAACUCACCAGGGAACAGUUAUUGUGCAGCUAAUGAUUUUUAGGAUCCAGUGAUAACUGAUAAGUGCAUUUCUGAGUCCUCACCAUGAUAAACGACAACAGUACCAAUAAUCCGUCGACUCCUGGUGGCCGGACUCGGCAUCGGAGGCGGCCAAGUGAUGUUAUUUCGGACGAUGGCAAAGGCAAACCAAGUGAAGGCAAUUUACUUGUUAAUGACCACAAUAAAUACAAAUCGUUCUUGAUCCGUGCAUACUCAACCAUUUGGAUGAUUGGGGGUUUUGCAUUGAUUAUAUACUUGGGGCAUCUCUAUAUUACGGCCAUGGUUGUUGUCAUUCAAGUUUACAUGGCGAAGGAACUGUUCAACCUACUCAGGAGAGCUCGUGAGGAUACACGUCUACCAGGAUUCCGACUAUUAAAUUGGCACUUCUUCUUCACGGCAAUGCUAUUUGUGUAUGGUCGCAUUUUAAGUCAGCGGCUUGUUAAUACUGUCACUUCAGAUAAAUUUUUAUAUCAGCUAGUGAGCAGUCUCAUCAAGUACCAUAUGGUUAUCUGUUAUUCCUUAUACAUUGCAGGUUUUAUGUGGUUCAUUCUUACUUUAAAGAAGAAGAUGUACAAAUAUCAAUUUGGCCAGUAUGCAUGGACGCAUAUGAUUCUAAUUGUCGUUUUUACACAGUCCUCUUUCACAGUAGCCAAUAUUUUUGAAGGAAUCAUCUGGUUUCUCCUACCAGCAUCACUUAUUGUUAUCAAUGACAUUGCUGCCUAUAUAUUUGGUUUCUUCUUUGGAAGAACACCUUUGAUCAAGUUAUCUCCAAAGAAAACUUGGGAGGGAUUUAUAGGAGCCUCUAUUAUGACUAUCAUAUCUGCUUUUGGCCUUGCUAAUGUCAUGGGUCGUUAUCAGUGGCUUACUUGUCCAAGAACGGAUUUAUCAACUGGUUGGCUUCACUGUGAUCCUGGUCCUUUGUUUAAGUCCGAAUAUUUCACUUUACCAGGAUGGACUCCUGAUUGGUUUCCAUGGAAGAAAGUAAGCAUAUUGCCAGUUCAAGGACAUGCAUUAUGUCUUGGUUUAUUUGCAUCAAUAAUUGCUCCUUUUGGAGGCUUCUUUGCGAGUGGUUUCAAAAGAGCUUUCAAAGUCAAGGAUUUUGGUGAUAGCAUCCCUGGGCAUGGUGGAAUUACAGAUAGAAUGGAUUGUCAGAUGGUGAUGGCUGUAUUCGCUUACAUAUAUCAUCAAUCAUUUGUUGUGGCUCAGAGCCUAACUGUUGACACAAUCUUGGAUCAGAUACUCAUGAAUCUCACAAUCGAGGAACAAGCAGCUCUUUACUUGAAGCUUGGGCAAAUCUUGCAACAGCGGAUGGUUGGCUAGAACUAGAAUCUGAUGCCUUCGUUCUCUCUUAUUGUUUUAGAAAGCUUGGACAUUGUACCUUAGUGAAAUGAAGGAAAAUACCAUAUAAUGAUUUAUUCUUGCUGUCGUCCCACCUUUCAUAUAUGGCAUGCCCUAGAAAUUAUUCAUAAAUGAUUGAAUAAUCUUGUCGGAUAGCUUGAUUAAAUGUUUUAUUUUCAGCUAUGUAAACAGUAAAUGUAUUAUAUUACUAUAUAGGAUUUUUAAUGUUAAUGUA